AUGACGACGCCAAGACCGAACCCUGAAACACCGAAACCUCAACGUACCAAUACUCGCCGCCGCUUAAGUUUAACCACCUCACCCUCAUCUCCAGCCUGUAAACCACGACGUCAUAAUAAUGAGAAGGAUAAAUCCAAAUGGUCUAUUCCCACACUCACCAAACCAACAGUUAUCAUUGGAUCUUCCAACAUCAGCAACAUCCCGUUCCUACAUCCAGAUACCCAAGCCGAAUCUUACCCUGGUGCCCGAAUUCAGCAUAUCAAUACAUUACUCUCCAAGAUCACUCCAACAACCAUUCCGAAAAAGGUGUUAUUUCAUGUUGGCCUAAAUAAUCAACAGGAAUCAGGAGAAUCCAUACACAGAAGAAUGCUGGAACUCCUCAAACUUGCCAAGUCGAAAUUUCCGUCUGCUACCCUUUACGCCACACAGAUUCCUUACUCAAAGGAGCUACAAUAA